CUCUCCUCCACCCGGUAGGUGUUGCUGCAAUGGUGGUGUCGGUGGGACAUUGAAUGACUUUGGCUCCAUCACGAAAUUAGCCGCUGUUUGUGAGUUAUUUGGUGCAGCACAAACAUGGAGGCUCUAAUCCCGGUGAUAAACAAGCUGCAGGACGUGUUCAACACGGUGGGGGCGGAUAUCAUCCAGCUGCCGCAGAUAGCAGUGGUCGGGACUCAGAGCAGUGGUAAGAGCUCGGUGCUGGAGAGCCUGGUGGGCAGGGACCUCCUUCCUCGUGGGACUGGCGUCGUCACUAGGCGACCCCUCAUCCUCCAGCUGGUCCACGUGGAUCCUGGAGACUCGAGGAAAAAUGACGACGGUGGUAGAGAGGGUGAAGAGUGGGGCAAGUUUCUGCACACAAAAAAUACGAUCUACACAGAUUUCGAUGAAAUCAGGCAAGAAAUCGAGAAUGAGACGGAGCGGGUGUCGGGGAAUAAUAAGGGGAUCAGCGAUGAACCCAUUCAUCUGAAGAUAUUUUCUCCUCAUGUUGUCAACCUAACACUGGUGGAUCUGCCAGGAAUCACUAAGGUUCCCGUAGGGGAUCAGCCCAAGGACAUCGAGGUUCAGAUAAAAGAUUUGAUCCUGAAGCACAUCUCCAACCCAAACUCCAUCAUCCUGGCUGUCACGGCUGCCAACACAGACAUGGCCACCUCGGAGGCGCUGAAGGUGGCACGGGAGGUCGACCCCGAUGGCAGGAGGACACUUGCUGUGGUGACCAAACUGGACCUGAUGGACGCUGGUACCGAUGCGAUGGAUGUUCUUAUGGGCAGAGUCAUUCCUGUCAAACUGGGCCUCAUCGGAGUCGUCAACAGGAGCCAGUUGGACAUCAACAAUAAAAAAUCUGUGGCCGAUGCCAUUCGGGACGAAUAUGCUUUCCUGCAGAGGAAAUAUCCGUCUCUUGCCAACAGAAAUGGAACCAAGUACCUGGCCAGGACCCUGAAUAGGUUACUGAUGCAUCACAUCCGAGACUGUCUCCCUGAGCUGAAGGCACGGAUCAACGUGUUGGCAGCUCAGUACCAGUCCCUGCUCAGCAGCUACGGCGAACCCGUCGAGGACCAGAGCGCCACGUUGCUCCAGCUCAUCACCAAAUUCGCCACAGAAUACUGCAACACCAUCGAGGGCACGGCCAAGUACAUCGAGACGGCAGAGCUGUGCGGCGGAGCUAGAAUUUGUUACAUAUUCCAUGAGACUUUUGGCAGAACGUUGGAGUCUGUGGAUCCUCUGGGAGGACUCAGUACCAUAGAUAUCCUGACAGCCAUACGGAACGCAACUGGCCCGCGCCCGUCGCUGUUUGUGCCAGAGGUCUCCUUCGAGCUGUUGGUGAAAAAGCAGGUGAAACGCCUGGAGGAGCCCAGUUUGCGCUGUGUGGAGCUGGUCCACGAGGAGAUGCAGAGGAUCAUUCAGCACUGCAGCAACUACAGCACACAGGAGUUGCAGAGGUUCCCUAAGCUACACGAGGCCAUCGUGGAAGUGGUAACCUCCCUGCUGAGGAAGAGAUUGCCCAUCACCAAUGAGAUGGUCCACAACCUGGUUGCGAUUGAGCUGGCCUACAUCAACACCAAACAUCCAGACUUUGCAGAUGCCUGUGGUGUCAUGAAUAACAAUAUAGAGGAGGAAAGGAGGAACAGGAUGAGAGAGCUGCCGGCUGCAGUGCCCAGGGAUAAGGCUGAGCAGGACGGCACAGGCAACUGGAGGGGGAUGCUGAAGAAAGGAGAGGAAGCCCCCGGCUCUGGACCUGGAAGCCCCUUUAAAGGAGCCGUCAACCUGCUGGAUGUGCCUGUGCCAGCCGCCAGGAAGCUGUCAUCACGUGAGCAGCGGGACUGUGAGGUCAUCGAACGCCUCAUCAAGUCGUACUUCCUCAUCGUCCGAAAGAACAUUCAGGACAGUGUGCCGAAGGCAGUGAUGCACUUCCUGGUCAACCAUGUGAAGGACAGCCUCCAGAGUGAGCUUGUUGGGCAGCUGUAUAAAUCUGGCCUCCUCAAUGAUCUGCUGACCGAGUCAGAGGAUAUGGCUCAGCGGCGCAAGGAGGCCGCGGACAUGCUACAGGCGUUGCAGAAAGCCGGUCAGGUGAUUGCUGAGAUCCGGGAAACUCAUUUGUGGUGAAAUGGAGCUGAACAUCGUCUGUUUUCUCAUCGUCGUGCACAAAGGACUGACGUUCCUUGAACCUAUCAUCUCUGAACUUGAAGUUAAGGUUUUGCAACCAUGAAAAUGCACUGUUCUGCUCCCUGCUCAGACCUACAGUAGGAACCAUUUUGGCUCACUGGCUAGCUGAAAGAAACUGAAGUUGGCUUCAUUUGUUAUUUAAAAAGCUUAGUGUUAUAUUGAAUAUUCGAGAAUGCACUGCCUCUUGUAGGCUAAAGUAGAAAGUGUAGUUUGCUCCUGGAGCAAUCAAAAGGCAAAGAACCGUUUCGGCAGACAGCGGUUAACCAGUAUAAAAAUAAACUUUUGUGCGAUGAGGAAAUGAAAGUUUAGAAAAAAAUCUAAAAAUAUUGCUCAGCCUUUUCAUUUGGGAGUAGCUGUCAUGUGUCCGUAUCUGAGGAAAUCAAACUGCACAAUUUGCUACUGAAUCGCAGAAAAAGUUAGUCCUGUCACUUGUGUACAUAGUCCAUUAUUUUUUUGCACUGUUGUCACCACACUGUACUGUAUAGAGAGGCCAUCAUGUUGACACUGUAUCGCCAAAACGUUUAUUUAUUAAUGUGUGUGAAUAAUGUUACAAGCACUAUUGCAGCGUGCUGCUGUAGGUUAUUUAAUUAUGUUUACAUAUCUAUCUACAUGUGAAAUUUACUGUGCACUGUGGUUCUCUGUAGAUGGCUCACAAAAGAAUAAAUAUAAGUAUUUUAUUGCCA